GCAAAUGUGUGGAGGAUUCAGAUUGUAAAAAGCUCAGCAGGCAGUUCCUUUGCUGCACCUUCAUCGACGUCUAACGGCUGCUGAACAUCAGUGUUGUGUCCCUUCGUAGUCCUGUGAUCAGGAGGAAUAAAUGGAGGCUCAGCAACUGAAGGAUCCGCUGAAUAAAGUUUCUCUAAUCAAAGAUGAGCUGACUCGGAGCUCCAUGGAGGCCAGCGAGUCAGAGAAGGUGAUCCAGCACCUUAACCAGGAGCUGAAGGAGGCCCAUGAUCAGGCCAAUGCUGGCAAGCAGAAGUGUGUGGAGCUGCAAGGACUUCUAGAGGAGGAGAAGCGGGCCAGCAAGCAUCAGACAGAGGAGUCUGCAAAGCAGAUGAAGAUUCUUCAGACUAAGCUUCAGAAGUUGCAGGAUGAAAUGGAAAAUCUCAGGGACCAGAAGGACAGUACUAUUUUGAGUAUGCGACAGGAUGCACAUGCAGGUCAAGAGGAAAUGCAGGUGUUGUGCCGAAGCAUGGAGAAGGCUUCAGCUGAGCGGGAGCACGAGGUCAGUGCUCUAAAGGGCAACCUGGCAACACUAACUACUGAGCUGGAGAAGUGGCAGUUGACUGCAAAUAAGUACGAGCGUGAGAUUGACAGCCUGCAGGCCAAUCACCAGCAACAGAACCAGCAGAGAGACAAAGUUGCUAAACAGCAAGCCAGUGAGCUGGAGAAGCUGAAGCGGGACUGCGACAGCCUGCAGAGGGAGUGCACGUCCCUCCGGUCAGAGCGGGAGCAGUUGGCUGCACAGCAGCAGAAGGAGAAGAGCAGUCUGCAGAGUGAAUGCACAUCACUACGCUCUGAGAAAGAGCAGCUUCUAAAGAAACUGCAGCAACUGGAAAAAGAGCUAGACAGCUGUAAGAAGCAGAGUGCAGGUCUGAGCAGCACAGCAGAGGCUCUGGAGAAGACACGGGCUGACCUUGAGAAAUGCCUGAGUGCUGCACAGGAGGAGCACCAGAAAAACAGCAGCCAGCUUCACAGCCUGCUGGAGCAGAGCAAAACCAGGACCAAAGAGUUGCAGAAGGAGUAUGAAGAGACACAAGCAGAGCUGUCAGGCCUGAAAGAGAGGUGUGAGCAGGCAGAGCAGGAGAAGGAGUCUCUCGGACUGGAACUGCAGCAUUGCCAAGCUAGCCUGAAGUCUCUGCAGGAGAAAAGCAACCAACUGUCUUUAUUGCCGCCCAUCCUAGCCGUAGUCAUCGGCCUUGUCCUGGCUUUGCUGUAUUGGUGCUUCGGCCCAUUGUGGUAGAAAGGAAAGAUGGAUCAGGUGGAUGCCUGUCGCCGCUGUAACAGUUGCUGUCACAGCCUAUGUGAUCACAAAGACUUCAACCUGAAUAUCUGGCACUAUGAAGCACUAAAAAUCACACACCCACAUUUCCAACCAUACAGACAUAUUGCCCUUUUAGUAUAAGAGGGCUUUAUGUGAGAAUUAGUGCACCUUGUAACUGUAAUAUUGAAUGCUGAAGGCCUUAGUUUAAUUAUAUAGGGUAUCAGAUCCAUAUCAGCUCCAAGCCCCAUGCAGCUGCAGUGUUUCUCUAAAGGCAAAGACUUUUAGACUUUAAUGUGUCUAAAUGUUUGUUUUCUUCCUGCAAAACAUUUAUAUUAUACUCAUUUGACUUACUGAAUUCAUAAUGAAAUGAGCCCAUUUUACUGAUCUCAUCAUCAGCUAUAAAAAAAAAAGUCAGCUUUCAAUAAUUAUUUUAAUAAUUCAUUAUAGUGAAAGCAAUAAUACAUUUGAAACAUGUACUCACAUUUGAAGUUGUGCACAAUAUGAAAAUGGUUCUGUUCUGUUGUUUUUUUUUCUUCUUUCUUUCUUCUUGUACGGAUUUCAUGUCUUGUUUAUGUAGUUACCAGUUUUGAUCUAAUUUAAAAUUGCAAAAAAAAGUCUAUGCACUGUGUGUCAAUGUUCUAUAGCUUUUUAAGUAUUAAAGAAUUAACAGAGUACUACACGUAAAGUUAAGCGCACUAAUUCGUCUCAAAGAGACACUUGAAGCGAUUAAUUUGUUACUUGUACAGAUGUUUGCUGAGAGAUUUAAAAGUUUGCUUGUUGCAACAAUUAAACAGAAAUAUUAAUGGAAAUAAAGAUGAAAAUAUGUUAAUUGGUGAA